AUGGCGUCCCCCCUCGAGUCUCUCCCUGUGGAGCUGUUUGAGACCAUCAUCCAACAGACCGACCUCGUCGAAAUUUGGCGCCUUCAGCAAUGCAAUUCCGCCCUCGAAACAACAUUGGACCCCUACAUGAUAGCUGAACCCCACGCUGUCCACAAACUCAUGGCUUGGGGCUGCCUCAGGGGUAACAUGUGGGCUAUCAAGAAGGCUCCCUCGCUUGGGGGUGACAUCAGCACUGUCGAAGUUGCUUGGAGAAACGACGGCAACAUUAUCUUGGCCUCUACACUUGGCCUUGCCGCAAAAAGAUACCAUUACGACACCUUUGAGUUUCUCCUCAAAUCAGACGCUCAGCCGGAUGUCACCAUUCACUUCAGACAGUCUGCCGCUUUCAAAAGACGUCUAUUUACUCUGCAAUUCCCCAGAUUCGUUCAGCUCUGCCAAGAGUAUGGAGUCAAGGACAAGAUUCCAAAUAUCCAAGCCAACCUUGACGAGGUCCUUGUCGAGGCGGUUAAGCUGAACCUCAAACUCAACAUCUGUCAACGUUGGAUGGACCUCGGAGCAAACCCUACUGGCCGAGUUGGAAAGAAUUGGAACCCCGAGACAGCCUUGUCACUUGCAAUUCUUUCUGGCUCUAUCGCAGUAGCCAAGGCCAUGGUCUCGCGAGGUUGUGAGCUGGACCUCCCGAUUCCAGGUCAAGUACCCAACGAUUGCCCCCCGUGGCAACACCGUCUGGAACCAUGGAAAUAUAUGCCAAUGAUUGCCGCUGCAAGACGCUUGGCAUCAAAGGGGCAGACUGACAUGAUCGAACUUCUCCUAGAAGCUGGCGCUGACCUCAAUAUCAAGUGUCGAGUCUGGAUUCAAUGCUGGCUGGACUAUGACGAUCAGACACAGCUAGUCGUCACCCCACUGUUGAUAUACAUCCUCAGUGUCGACUUUUACAAUGUGACAGACCUGAAUCAUUCUCUUUUUCGGAUGGUCAAUUGGCUUUUGGACAGAGGUGCCGAUAUUCGGUUACCGGAUCGUGUCCAUACAGAUUACUCUUUGGGAAUACUAGACAUUUGGAGGCAUUUUAAAGGCCCCAAGUGCCUCCUAAACGAUGAACUAUUCACAAUCAUCAAACGGUUUCUGGAGAACGGCGCCGCAAAAAAUAAUGUGCCAGAGUGGCUAGCCGGGCAAGGGGUGUGUCCAUGGGAGCUUUUCCCUUUGGACAAUCCUUUCACUCCCGAACAGCAGGCUGUUGGUAUUGAACGGUGGAGCGUCAUUAUCGACUUGUUGCUCAAAGACGACAAUUUCGACGGCAAACUGUCCGGUCAUAUUAACGGCCUACUAAUGAAGCUUCUAAGUUACAUCAUGGAUUGCACAUUUGGGCGGGCUCAGAAAGCUCCUGACCCUUGCCCUCCUGAGCUUUUCACCAAGUUUUACGACAUCAGCCACCCUCUUAUGAUACAGAAGCUGCUGUCAAGGGGAGCCAGAAUCAAUGCAACUUCAUUAGCGCUCCCUGGUGGCCAGUCGAUUUUGAAUGUUAUGAGGUCCAAGUUCGAACGCAGGUACCAUCCCUUGCCUUGUCGAAUUGGACUUGAGCAAAAACAACAGCGAUCAUUCAUUAGCAUGCUUGCCAACCUCGGCGCUGCGCCCGUCUUUAUCCAAGAAGAGCAGUCGUUCAGAUCAAAGCAUCGUGACCAUGGGAUAUACCAACUAUGGAAAUGGGCAUUCCAAGGUGAAGUUGCGGACGAGGAGAGGCUGCUUUGGAACCCAAUAGCUGGGGCCCUGGUGGAUAUACCUGAUAGACUGGAUCCCCAGGAAAGAGAGGAGUUGCGAUGA